GAAUACAGCUUAGCUUUCUGCAUCCACAUCCUCCUAGAGAUACAAUCAUAACAUCCCAUAAUUACAUUUAUCACCAAAUAUUUCUCCACUGGACAUUGAUGAAUUUGCCUCAACGGUCGCCGUAGCGGUCCAUCCGAUCGUUAUUGCUCUUAUUUCCUUCCUUCCUUCCCGCAUCCAAAGACAGAUCUACGCUGCAAGAUGGCUGAGUUGAAUUUGGGGAAGGGGCUGACCGCAGGGAAAGUGGCCAGCAACGUUCAGAAAAAACUGACGAGAGCCCAAGAAAAGGUUCUUCAGAAGCUUGGCAAAGCUGAUGAGACCAAAGAUAUUGCUUUUGAGGAAGAAGUGAUCAACUUCAACAAACAAUAUACUGAAGGCAGCAAACUGCAAAGGGACCUAAGGGCAUACCUGGAAGCAGUAAAAGCCAUGCACGAGUCCUCCAAAAACGUGCAGGGGUGUUUGGCUGACAUGUAUGAGCCGGAGUGGUACGGCAAGAAGGAGGUGGAUUCCAUUGCGGAGGACUGCGAUGUGCUGUGGACUGACUACCAUCAGAAGUUGGUCGAUCAUGCCCUCAUCUCCAUGGAUACCUACCUGGGCCAGUUCCCUGAUAUCAAGUCACGUAUAGCUAAGAGGGACAGGAAGCUGGUGGAUUACGACAGUGCCAGGCACAACUAUGCUACCACACACAAGACCAAGAAAAAGGACGGGGGCAUUAAAAUCACCAAGCCGUCGUCCUUGUUGGAGAGGGCCACUCCAGGUUGGGCUCAGGGUAUCUUGUCUGCACACAAUGUUGCCCAGAGCAGUCUGUCCAGGAGCCAGGCUGAAGAAGAGUUGGAUAGAGCCCAGAAGGUGUUUGAGGAGAUUAAUAUUGACUUGCAAGAGGAAUUACCUUCACUCUGGAACAGUCGUGUCGGGUUUUAUGUCAGCACCUUUCAGAGUUUGUCUGGUUUUGAGGAGAAGUUUCACAAGGAAAUUGGCCGGUUGGAUCAGGAUUUGCAUGACGUCUUGGAUACUUUGGAGGAUAGAGGCACAGAGGCAGCAAGCAGAAAGACAGAAUCCCGCGGCGCCUCAUCGUCAGGAACAAAUAGGAGUGCGAGUGGGAAAGAAGCAGCUAACCACAGUCUCAGGCCAGGAGGACCACCGCCAAUCCCCAAAUCCCCAUCCAAGCUGAGGCCUGCAAUGCCUCCUCCCCCCAAGGUGACCCCCUGUAAGGAGUUGAAAACAGAGAACAUCAUCAGCAUGUUUGAUGCUGCAGCGGCUCCUGAUAUCAGCGUCACCUCCCCUACAGAGUGUGACAGUCCUGCAGUGAGCAGCCUGCUGGACAUGGACCCGGACUCUUUCAGUGCAACAACCAAAGCCUCCACGGUCACACAGCCUGCAAACUGGGACUCAUGGCAUGAGGAGAGUGAUGCCCAGGAAGAAUACGUCGAGCCGCACUAUGACCCAGUCAUUGCUGCUGUAACUGCCUGGGGGGAUGAUGGCGCGCAGCCUGUCCGCUAUGACCCCAUAGCAGCUGCCCAAGACGGCUGGGGGGACGACGGAACAGUUCCAGUUCGCAUUGACCCCGUGGCUCCGGUUGAGGAGGUAGGGGGGGAUGAGGCUAAUAACUAUCCUGAGGCUGGAGCCCAGGAGGACUGGGGCGACGACGGUGGCCCCACAGAGGAGGUGGCCCCCCCGGAGGAGGUGGCCCCUCCGGAGGAGGUGACCCCCCUGGAGGAGGUUGCCCCCCCGGAGAAGGUGGCACCCCCGGAGGAGGAAACACCGGCAGCUGAGUCUCCCAUUGACGCGGCUGAGGAAGAAGCCACACCUGCUGCUGCUGCAGUGGAUGAUGAAGAGGGUCAGGGUGAAUCUGCAGCAGCUGCUGCAGCACCAGAGGAGGAAGCCCCGGCAGAGGAGACGCCUGAAGUAGCGGCACCAUCAACAGAAGUUGCAUCAGAGCCCGAAGACAUUCCACCUGGCUUUUUGUUCAAGCUCCUGGUGAUGCAUGAUUACGCUGCCAACGACACAGACGAACUGGAGAUGAAGACUGGUGAUGUGGUGCUGGUUAUCUCCUUUGAAAACCCUGACGAACAGGAUGAUGGGUGGCUGAUGGGAAUGAAGGAGGACGACUGGAAGCAGAACAAAGAAAAUGCCGCUAAAGGAGUAUUCCCUGAGAACUUCACCCAGAGGCUGUGAAGAAGGAGGACAGGACGUCAUUCCAGCUUCCUUUUCAUAUCUCUCUUUCUCUUGCCUCAAUCUUUCCUAUCCUUUCUUGCCCCGAUAUUACCUUUCCUAGGACUUUGGCCAUAGAAGCAGAGCUGUCACAGCCCUGGCUGAAAUCGUGCAUUUCUGAGGUCUGCUACACUGUGCUAAAAGUGGAUCUUGGCAUUUCUGUGGAUUUCUGCCAAAAUGACAGUUACAGAAGUGGCCAUUUCACUGGUUCCCCUCUUUGUUGUCUUGCUUUUGCUACACCACACCGGCGGAAUUGAUUCGAGAAUCCCGAUCACGUAAGAUAGAUGCAGGGAUUGUUGCCUCUGCAAUGGCUACUGCUGCAAUUGCCUCAUGUCGUUUUUAUUCUUAGUCAUGUCUCAUCAUUAACUUUCCAUGGCCUAUCUCACCAACAUAACAGAGAAAAAUGUCUUUUGAGCGGUGCUUUUGUUCAUCUGAUACUGAGAGAACAGUGUCAAAUUAUGAAGUCAACGCCAAGUGUAGCAAAGUAUCCCUUAGAGUGACACAUGUAGUUAUUGUAGUUGUAAGCCAGGCUGACAGAAAGUUGAGCUGAGUCUUGUUUAGAAACAUUCCCCAAGGAGAGUAACACAUUGAAAAGUAAAAACAUAUCCUAGCUGGCAAGUUCCCCUAAAUUGUUCUAAGUGACAACAUUUGCAAUCUCAUCAACAAGGGACUGCAUUUAGCCGCUCAUUAAUGAGAGUGGGUUGUUGAAACACAUUUCUAUUUUUGGCAAUGGCCUGUUUUAGCCACAUGUGUAGCCAUCUAUUGUCGUUUAUUUCUCUUACACAUGUCCAUUUGCUACAUGCAGCAGGCUGGUAAACAUCUCAGAUGCCAGUAUUUCUUGUUUAAUGAUCCACAAUCCCUCUAAUUAGUCCGGGGGCUCUGCUGCUGUCACAAUGCCUGUUGGACACAUUCAGCCCUUGUUUUAUUCCUAAUUUAAUUAUCUACCCGUGAAACAUUAGAACAUGGGCCCCUUGUAGUUGUCUUGGUUUAGAUCGAAUAGUGAUAGAUUAUAAACCUGUUGUUAAAAUCCAAACCAAUGCAUUUAACUGGCAUCAAUCUACUUAAAGACAGCAGGAAUUCAAUAUAAAAUGCUUUAAAAUUCCAACAAAAACACUUUUUACAGAGCCCUAUAGAGUAGAAAAAAAACAACUGUUUCCAUCUUUGACAGUCAUGUUUUUUAAUCCUUGUUGUUUGAACUUGUGUGAAGUUGUGUUGAGUGGGCAUGUAAAAAAAUCUUUUCAAGGAUUUUUUUUUCACAAGGGAUUCCAAAUAUGCAUUAGCCUGGCUCGCCGAAAAGCUGGACAAAAAAACGAUAAGAAAAAGACGCUGCUACUGGUAGUAUAAUAGUAAGGCAGAUAUGGUCCACCUUAAAGCUAAUCAAAUAUAUAUAAACUGCGCCAGCCUCAUUUGAAAAAUGUGCCGAAAACAAAUCCUUCCAUUUGUAUUGAGACACCCUAACUCAAAUGCAGAUGAUUCAGAAUAUGCACCAGAGCAACUUCUUUUAUUUUUGUAUGCUGCCAAGCAAUGAUUACAUAUAGCCUAAUAUAUAUGUCAACAUAAUUGCCAACUUACUGUACGAUGUUAUGGAGUGUUUUGUACUUCUGUCAGGUUUACUGCUCUCAACAUAGCCGCUUACUGUAGGUCAUCGAAACUAUCUCACAUGCAUCCAGUCACUGACUCAGAAGAGAUUCACAUUGCUCAUGAUGUUGUUAAUAAGUGUGCGAGAAAAUGGUUGUGUGCGGUUGUAUGUGUGUGUUUACGGGUUGUUUGAAAACAUAAAUUCUUUAUCUAUAGGCUAUUGUUAUUGAACGAUAUCACCUCCACCUACCAGGGAAUGAGGUAGUUCGUUUUACAGGAAGUUUUGGACCAACCCAAACGUAUUUGGGUCUUUUUCCAAUGGUUGGUAUUAUGGUUCCAGGUGUUAUUGUGCAUUUGUUGUGUAUAAGUGUAAUUUUGCCAAGCUGUGAUGACAGAUACAUAUUCUAUAAAGACAUUCAUAUCUGUAUGUGAGUUACUGUGAGCAUGCUGAAUUCCCAUGUGUUGAUGUGUGAACACCCUUAAUUUAAGACGAUGAUACUUUGGUCACUUUUGAGGCAGCUGAAACAGGCAAUUUCUUUAUUUUGUAUUAUUUAUUUUGUUAUUCUAAAUAAAGGGAGGGUGGGUGGUUAUAUAUAAUGUGUGUUUUUCCACCGUUCCCUCUCAAAUCAGUCCUGAUUAUAAUUGCCUGUGAUCCAUCAGCCUUGCCUCAAAAUGUCUCCAGGGUAUCGUGGUCCAAACAGACCUAAACAUGAUUACAUGGAGACAGGACACAGAGAAAAUCUACAAACCACCAGACUCAGGUGGACACAUUUUUGUAAUGGUUUUCAGUAUUUAAACAACUUAAGAUGUGCAUGAUUUUUUCAUAUGUAUUUGAAGAAGCCUCACAUGUGAGAACAUCACCUGCACAUUUAGGUUAACCACUUUCAUAUUUUUUAUUUGUAAACAUAUGUAAUUUGGUGAGCGUUUCAUCUGGGUCUGGUUCUCUAUUUGUCUGUAUGGAUAAUGAAGUCUCCUGUGAUGAGAUAUGGGAUACGACAAAAAGGUUUUUCCUGUACCUAACUGACCAAUAAUAAUAAAGAUUACAUAGAAUCUA